GCUGAAAUACCACGAGGGAAAGGUGGUAAUUUGUGCAGUGAAGCAAUCGAGGCGGGAAAGAGAAGGUGGUCAAUAUGACUCCUAUCUUCCUCGUCUUAUUGGUGGCGAUCGACACGAUUAUCGCGCAGAAUCAUGGUGGAAAUAUCAGCGACUCAGUUUUCAUCACCUACAUGACAAGCCCACCUAAGAUCCUGAUGAAGCCACGCUCACAACACGUAAAAGCUGGAGAGACAGCAAGUUUUUAUUGCAGUGCCCAAGGAUCUCCAGCACCACAAAUCCAUUGGCGCAAAAAUGGCAAGAAGAUUUCAUCAACGGCAACCAGGUAUACCACCAAAACAUAUCUGAAUGGAUCUGUACUACGAAUCGCUCCGGUAAGGUCUCAGAGGGAUGACACAACGUGGGAGUGUGUUGCUGAAAAUGGUGUUGGUGAUGCAGUCACUGCUGAAGCUCAACUUACGGUCUACGAUGCGGACAACGUGCCAGCUGGAUAUCCAGUAAUUACACAAUCACCAACAACUAAAGUUGUCGAAAUGGGUCAUAACACAUUACUUUUGUGUUCUGCCGUUGGUUCGCCUCCACCAAUAAUUUCCUGGGUUCGUGACAUGAUACCUGUCAAUACAUCUAACCCCCGGUACUCCGUCCUGGAGUCUGGUGCUCUGCAAAUCGAGGCAUCAGAGGUCGAGGAUCAGGGACACUAUGAGUGUGUUGCAAAUAAUACUGUCGGUACUGCCUACUCCGAAGCAAUACAACUUUACGUGAGAGUGAGACGAUUGGCGCCAAAUUUCUCCAUCCGCCCACCAGCUGUCAGUGAAGUUAUGAUGGGAGCAUCGCUCAAUUUGACUUGCGUUGCCGUAGGCUCGCCUAUGCCUUAUGUGAAGUGGAGAAAAGAACCUGCCACAGAAAUCACACCAGAGAACUUUUUACCCAUCGGCAAGAAUGUUCUAAUCCUCACGGAAAUUAAAGAGUCAGCCAAUUACACCUGCAUUGCUGCUAGUGAUCUUGGUGUUAUCGAGACAGUCUCAGUGGUCAAGGUUCAAUCUCUUCCUGGUGCUCCAGAAAAUGUCCAAGUCUCAGAAAUCACAGCAACUUCAGUGAAACUCACUUGGUCCUAUAAGAGGCCUGAUGAACUUCAGUAUUAUGUCAUUCAACAUAAACCUAAACAAGCCAAUCAAGCAUUUGCUGAGAUAUCAGGAAUCACCACGAUGUAUUAUCAUGUCAGGAGUCUAAGUCCUUACACGGAAUAUGAAUUAUACGUGAUUGCCGUUAAUAUUAUAGGACGAGGUCCCCGAAGCCACCCUGUUUAUGUCACUACUGGAGAAACAAGUUCCAGACCUGGUUCAGCACCUCGGAACGUUCAAAUCCGACCGCUAAGUUCCAGCACAAUGGUUAUUCAGUGGGAGGAGCCAGAAACUCCAAAUGGUCAAGUGACGGGAUAUAAAGUCUACUUCACUACCAACCCAAAUCAACCAAUGUCUUCAUGGCAGGCCCAAGUUGUAGAUAACAAUCAACUAACCACAAUAUCGGAUCUUACACCACACACCAUGUACACAAUACGAGUGCAAGCACUGACAAGCGUCGGUCCUGGACCACUGAGCCAACCAAUACAAAUAAAGACGCAACAAGGGGUGCCGAGUCAACCAGAAAAUCUUUCGGUGGUUGAUGUCGGGGAAACCUCGGUAACGCUCCAAUGGAGCAAACCAGCUCAUAGUGCUGAAAAUAUUGUCAGUUAUGAGCUUUAUUGGAAUGAUACUUAUUCAAAGGAAAAAUAUCAUCGAAGCAUUGGCGUUGUACAGAAUUACACGCUCACGAAUUUGUAUCCCAAUACACUAUACUACGUUUGGCUUGCCGCAAGGAGUCAGAGGGGUGAGGGAGCAACAACUACGCCAUACGAAGUUCGCACCAAGCAGUACGUACCCGGGGCUCCGCCUCGGAAUGUAACCGGCCGAGCCAUCUCACCAACCGCCAUAGAGGUAUCAUGGGAACCACCACCAACUGAGAGUGCUAAUGGAAGGAUCACUUACUACAAACUUCAAGUUGUCGAGCACGACCAGCCUGACUCAGAGGCAAGAAUUAUCAAACUCUCCGACACCAAAUUCACUUUGGACGAACUGAAAAGGUGGACAAUAUACCGCAUCUGGGUAUUAGCAGGGACCAGCGUAGGUGAUGGACCUCCAAGUUAUCCUAUCAGUGUCAGAACCUGGGAGGACGUGCCGGGAAAACCUCAGGAUGUUAACGCGACAGCUAUAAAUUCGACAGCUAUCACCGUUAGAUGGAAACCACCGAGAGUCCAAGACCAAAACGGCGUAAUCAGAGGAUAUCAAAUUAAUGUACAAGAAGUUAGUGAUGAGAGUGACGAUUUGUUGAACGAGCCCAUCUGUCGAGAUGUCCUGCACGACGUUCUGGAGAUCAACGUGACCGAUUUACAACCAAAUACGAAGUAUCAAAUUCAAGUUGCUGCUUUAACUAGGAAAGGUGAUGGAGAUCGGUCAUUCCCUAUUCACAUCAGAACCCCGGGUGGUGUGCCGAAUAAACCACCAGUCAACACCAAAAUACUUAACAAAGAUCCAAUAGUUCUUGAACUCGAAUGGACUAAACCGAGUGAUAUCGGGGGUGAGUUAUUGGGGUACCGUGUUAAAUAUGGUUUAAAAAAUCAACCACUGAAGGAAGAAUUCAUCUCAGAUAUUAAUCAGUACAAAUUUAAAAUCGAAGAUGUUGAACGAGGUGUCCAUUACGAGUUCCGAGUAGCAGCCGAAAAUCAGAAUGGUAUUGGUCAAGAAAAUGUAAUAUUCUGGGAAAGUCCAGAAGGAGAGCCAUCUGGUCCACCUACUAAUCUGACUUACAGCUUCCAAACUCAAGAUACUGUAUGUGUUAAAUGGGAUGAGCCUAGUCGACAGCAUCGUAAUGGUCAAAUAAUUCGAUAUGAUGUGGAAUUCAAUAAGAAGAAUGAUCAUAGUACUAUUGAAGCAAGAAAUACUACCAAAAAAAGAGCAGUAUUUACGAAUUUAGAAGAAGCAACUGAAUAUGUAUUCCACGUGAGAGCUCACACGAGUAGAGGCGCCGGUCCCUACUCAGAAAAAAUUACGAUUGUCACAGAUAGAGAUAUUGGACGUGCUCCAAUGUUCGUAAAAGCAGUAGCUACCUCAGAAUCUAGUGUUGAAGUUUGGUGGGAACCUGUGCCUAAUCGAGACAAGAUUAUCGGCUACAAAAUCUUUUAUACAAUGACAGCUGUAGAGGAUCUAGAUGAGUGGAAACAAAAACUCAUAGAUUUAACUGAAUCAGCUGAUUUGGAAAAUCUAGAACGAGAUACUGCUUAUGCAAUAGCAGUGGCAGCAAGAUAUAAAAAUGAUACUCUUGGAAGACUAAGUCAAAAAGUUACGGUUAAAGUUAAACCAGAAGAUGUACCUAUCAACCUUCGUGCUUCAGAUACAUCCACUCAUUCGAUGACCUUAUCGUGGAGCUCACCUAUAAGACUGAACCCAUCAAGUUAUAAUGUAUCCUUCGAUGCUGUUAAAGACUUUCUCGAUUCCCAAGGAAUUACUCAAAUACAAAUUAUACCCAAGAAAACAAUUGUUUUAGAACCAUCUGUAACACUGGCUGUUAUCGAUGAAUUACAGCCAUUUACUACUUACAAUGUUAAUGUUACUGCUGUUCCGCCUGACGGUUCUUAUAACCCGCCUGCUAAAAUUAAAGUCACAACACAAAUGGCAGCUCCUAAACCUAUGGUUAAACCUGAUUUUUACGGUGUAGUUAGAAAGGAAGGAAUUCAAGUCAUUUUACCACAAGCGUCUGAAGAAUAUGGUCCAAUUGCUUAUUAUUAUUUAAUUGUUGUGCCUGAGGAUAAAGCUACUGCUCAUAAACAUCCAGAUGAAUUUACGGAAGAUAUGAUUACUGGAAAAAAUCCUAAAGUAGAUCCUAAAAAUGCACCCUACAUUACUGCUAAAUUCUUUCAACGAAACAUUCCAUACUCAUUCCAAUUAGGAACCGGCGAAAUGUAUGAAGAAUUUGAAAAUAGAAAACUAGAUCCCAAUAAACGUUAUAGGAUAUUUGUGAGAGCUGUCGUUGAUACUACUAAAACGCAUCUUUAUACUUCAUCACCAUUCUCCGAAUAUCUCUCAUUGGAUAUGAGAGAAGUACCUCCAGGCGAUCCACCAAGCCGCCCAAAUCCUGAUAAUCCCCCAGAUGGAAAUCCCGAAGUUUCUGUAACGAACAGUGGUCAAGAGCCAGGAAUGGUUUGGGUAGUCGGGCCAAUUAUAGCGGCUCUCAUGGUUAGCGUAUGUUUAGUAUUGUUGUUUGUGAUAAGGAAACGAAGGCAGCCUUGUAAAGCUCCAGAUCAAGCAGCUGUGACGAGACCACUAAUGGCUGCAGAUAUAAGCUCCAAUCACGCACCGUCAGAUCCAGUAGAGAUGCGGAGGUUAAACUUCCAAACACCUGGCAUGAUAUCUCAUCCACCCAUCCCUAUCACUGAACUUGGUAACCACAUCGAGCGUCUCAAGGCCAAUGAUAAUUUGAAGUUUAGUCAAGAAUAUGAGUCAAUUGAACCAGGCCAACAAUUCACUUGGGAUCAUUCUAAUAUGGAAGUUAAUACCUCAAAGAAUCGUUACGCGAAUGUAAUUGCAUACGACCAUUCUCGUGUGAUUCUACAAACUAUUGAUGGGAUUCCAGGAUCAGACUAUAUAAAUGCAAAUUACUGUGAUGGGUAUAGAAAACAAAACGCCUAUGUUGCGACCCAAGGGCCAUUGCAGGAAACUUUUGCCGAUUUUUGGCGAAUGUGUUGGGAACUUCGAACAAGUACAAUUGUUAUGAUGACGAAACUUGAAGAGCGAACGAGAAUUAAGUGCGAUCAAUACUGGCCGACUCGUGGUACUGAAACUUAUGGACAGAUGACUGUCACAAUCAGUGAUAUUCAAGAAUUGGCAACCUACUGUAUAAGAACUUUUCAAGUGUGUAGAAGUGGUUAUUCUGAACGACGUGAAAUUAAACAACUCCAAUUUACCGCUUGGCCAGAUCAUGGAGUGCCUGAACAUCCUGCACCAUUCCUUCAAUUUUUACGUCGCGUUAAAACACUCAAUGUACCUGAUUCUGGUCCUCUCGUUGUUCAUUGUAGUGCAGGUGUUGGUAGAACUGGUUGUUUUAUUGUCAUUGACUCAAUGCUUGAACGAAUUAAACAUGAAAAGAUGAUUGAUAUAUAUGGACAUGUAACGUGUCUUCGUGCUCAACGUAAUUAUAUGGUUCAAACUGAAGAUCAGUACAUAUUCAUUCAUGAUGCUCUUCUCGAAGCUGUUAUAUGUGGUAAUACUGAAGUACCCGCUCGCAACUUACACUCUCACAUUCAAAAGUUAAUGCAACCUGAGCUUGAUAACAUCACCGGUAUGGAACUUGAGUUCAAAAAACUUUCCAACAUCAAAGCCGAUUCAACAAGAUUUAUAUCAGCAAAUUUACCUUGCAAUAAACACAAAAAUCGAUUGGUCCACAUAUUACCAUAUGAAUGUACUCGGGUUUGUCUUCAGCCUCAACGAAGUAUAGAAGGAUCAGACUAUAUUAAUGCCAGUUUUAUUGAUGGAUAUCGUUAUCGUUGUGCUUAUAUUGCUACUCAAGGUCCACUUAAUGAAACAACUGACGAUUUUUGGAGAAUGUUAUGGGAACAUAAUUCCACUAUCGUUGUGAUGCUUACUAAGCUCAAAGAAAUGGGUAGGGAGAAGUGCCAUCAAUACUGGCCAUCGGAUAGGUCUAUUCGAUACCAGUGCUUCGUCGUUGAUCCUAUUGCAGAGUAUAACAUGCCUCAAUAUAUUCUCCGAGAGUUUAAGGUGACGGACGCACGAGAUGGUGCAAGUCGUACUGUAAGACAGUUCCAGUUUAUCGACUGGCCUGAACAAGGAGUUCCUAAGUCUGGUGAUGGGUUUAUUGACUUUAUUGGACAAGUACAUAAGACGAAAGAACAGUUUGGACAAGACGGCCCCAUUACAGUGCAUUGCAGUGCUGGCGUUGGUCGUACUGGCGUUUUCAUUACUCUCAGUAUUGUAUUGGAACGUAUGCAAUAUGAAGGUGUUGUUGACAUUUUCCAGACUGUAAGAAUAUUACGUACACAACGUCCAGCUAUGGUCCAAACUGAGGAUCAAUAUCAAUUCUGCUAUCGAGCCAGUUUGGAAUACUUGGGUUCAUUUGAUCACUACGCCAACUGACAAGAAGAAAUACGCGAGCCAAGGGAACCAACACGGGACCGAGGAGAACGUCACAUCAGAAGCCGUGAGAGUACUGGAGAAAGAGCGAAAAUACGUCGUGUUUAAGUUGGUGGAAAGGAAAAAGCUUAUUGAUAGUACGGUACGGUUGUUGUGUUACAAGCUCGUAAGGACAAGUUUUCAAAAUAGUUUUGUGACUAAAUGUAAACCAAAAGUUGGGACAUAUAGAGCACUUUGAUGACGAAAAUGUACUUUGAUCAAGUAUUUAUAGAAGGAAAUUUUCAUUCCCAUUAAAUGUCUAGUUGGCGCUGUUCAAUCAUUUUUCUAUCGAUCAGAGAAUUUUUUAAAUAUAGAACUAUUAAAUAUUACGUUCGGUUAAAGAACGUCAAUUCAAGACUGCCAUUUAGGCGCGUGAAAAUCGGUCUGACACAGUUAAAUAAUCAAUAAAUAAUUAUAUUAUAUGUAAUACCGGUGACACGUGAUGUCUCUCAUGAAACAGAGCCUUAAUGAGUUUCAAUGAGAUAAAGAAAUAAUAAUUGUCCAAAAGUUUUAAAAAGCCCUCCGUCUAGAUUCUGCUCGGUUAAUAGUUUAUUAGUAUAAUAAUUAUAAGCGCGGAUUGAAGUUUAAGCAGUAGCAGUAAAAUAUUUUGAAAAAUGUUCAUUAAAUCGAAACAUAUCGAAGUAUGGAAAUAAUUAUUUCAACUCAUGCUCCUCUAAUAAUCAACUUUUCUAUUAUUUAAUCAUCUAAUCUAACUCUAGAAUUUUUGAAUCAAUUUGUUUUUCUAAAGUAGACUGAUGAUACGUAAUUUUAAAAAAUAAAAUAACUGUUUUAUCAGAUAGUUAAAUCUAUUAUGAAAUCCCUUUACCAUUUUUACAAAAAAUAAAAUGAAACAGAAACGAAUUUUAUUUAAAGAUAACUAAUAAUCGUUACUCGUUUGUAAAAUAAUAACAUAUUAAACUUUUUACAAUAGUUAAUAUAAUAUGUUUAAAAAAGAAGAAGGAAUAAUGCAUUUUAAAGACACAAUAAUUAAUUUCAUGCUCGCGAUAUUGAGUCAUAUGAAAAUAAUCUACUUAAAUAAUAUACGAAUAAAAUUGUGAAUAAAUGAAAAAUUAAAAAAAGGGUAAUGAAAAUUUCCGCUCACUUAAAAAAAAACAAGUAAAAAUUAAUAUACUGCCAAAAUCGACAAUUAUUAAUACUAUUACCAAUCGUGCAUGAUUGGAGUUUCUGAUUACAUUACCGUAAAUCUAAGUAGCUGAUAAGAGAAUCGUUAUAAGUUUAGCUAUUAAAUUUAAAUGCCAUUAGGUCACAAUAACGAAAUGUGUGAGAGAUGUAUGAGCGUAAACGGUGCCUAUAUGUAUGUAGUAUAAUGACUAUAUAUUGAGCGUUGCACUUCUUCGUGGAAGAAUAAUAUGGAUAAGAGCACUGUAUGUUAAUUGCACGCUACGUUAUUCCGAGUCGUUUAAAUCUGUAUGUAUAAAAUUCCGAUUAUCAUCGUCCAAAGAAUCUCAACUUCCUUGAAAAUUCAUUUUUUAUAUUGCUCAAACGAUUUACUUAAAAUGUUGCAUUUAUAGAAGAUAAAGAAACAUUAUUUUAUUACUUUUUUGUUCAAAUCACAUUAUUUAUUUAUAAAAAAGUGAUGAUUAAAAAUUUAAUUGUUAUACAAGUCAAUAUGUUCAGUCCUACUAUAAUUUAUGUUAAUUAAUUAUUCAUAUAAUUGUUGACAUUAUUUGUUAAAGUUUCAAAAAUUCUCUAAAUAAUUAAUUAAUAAUAUAAAUUAUUGUAGGGGAAAACAUUUAAAAUUAUUUAAAGUUAUUGUUUGCGGAAUGUUUAAAUACUUCCUGCUGUAUAAUGUAAAGUGACAGAGAGAUAAUUUGAUGAUAAAAUAGUUUUUUAUAUUUUUCUUUCUAUUAAAAAAUUAUUAUUUUUUUAUUAAGCUUCUAUUUGUGUGAGUAUUUUGAACUAGAAUUCUUUAAUAGACAUAUAUUCGAGAUAUUUUUCACGAGAAAUGAUGUGAUCAUGAUAUUAUAUACCAAAACUGAUUCAUUACCUUAACCCUUUGUUAUUGUUCCGAUGAUUCUUUUUAAUCUCAUGACCUGAAAAAAUUCAUAGAAAAUUUUGAACGUAAGAAUUUCAAUCACUUAGUUGAGUUUUGAUUUUUUUUCUGUCUGUUGACCCAAAUAAAUUCGCGGAAAAUACUCGACACAAAAAAUUUAUAAAGUCACAGAAUGUUUUAAAAGGACACAAUAAAAUAAAAUAAUAUUUUCCCUUUCUUUAUUUUAACUCUCAUCGCUUUUUAACACUCAUGAAAAAAUGUAGUUUUUUCAUGAAACAAUUUUGACAACGAAAAUUUCAAUAAAAUCAGAAGGAUAAUAUUUCUGAAAUCUUUAAAUGAUGUAUGUUAUCAUUUUCUCUUUGUUGCUUUGAAUUAAAUGGCUGAAUGUAUUUAUAAUUAUAAAAAUAAUUUUAAAUUAAAAAAUUUUUUUUUUUAAAUCCAAAACUAAUAAAUAGAAAACAAUAUUUUAGCCUUUGCGGACAAUAAAUAAUUGAUUUAUUUGUUCAUCGUAUUUUAAACUACUUGUACGUAAUUCAAGAUAAGAAAGAAAUUUUGAAAAUUAUCGUGCCAUUUGUAAUUUUACAAGCAUAUAUUGAAUACGACUAUUACGUACUUAGUAAAAUAUCCCAUAUUGUCUGUAAAAAGCAGAAGAAGGCUCGGAAGUAACAAUAAUGUGUACAUAAAUGCACCGUCUAUUACAAUUAGUAAAAUCGCAGUAUAUAUAAAUAUACAUAUGAAUAUAUAUUUAUAAAGUGUGAAUAAUAUAUAUUUACAUAUUAUACAAAUGUAUAAAUAUGUAUUAUUUGCAAAGUGGAAAAAGAUGAAAUUAAUAUAAAUAGUGAAUUUAUGGAUAUUUUAUAGUUAUCCAAUUAAUGAUAAAUGUAGCGAUAACGAUCUGUCAGAUAAAAACGCACUUUUCGAUUUUACUCGUGAGAUUUAGCUUAUUUAAUACAUUUUUUACAUUGCGUACCAUCAUAACUUUUUAUAUAUUUUUUACGAACCAAUGUAACAUGCUCUACAUGACUUAAAAUGAUUUAAUUGUUGAAUUAUGCAAACUCUUGCGCGAGUUAGAGAUGUAAUCGUUAAUUAAUUCAGAAUGUCUCUUUAGUCUUUUUUAUGGUUAAUAUUUAAAUACUUCCCAGGUAAAAAUUUUUAUCUGAACUCUCUUGUCAAAUUUAUUUAGGAUUAGUACUCAUUUUUUAUUCAAAUUAUAAUUUUCAUAUGAUAUCUAUGGUUCGAGACAUUUUAUUUUAAAGACAAAUUUGAAUAAAAAAAUUCAAAAUUCAAGAGUUGAAUUGAAUUAUUCAAUUUAAAUUCAACUACAAAUUCAUAUUCAAGAUAAAAUUAAAAUUUUAAUCAUAAUGACAGUCUAAUGUGAGUUGAAUAAAUUUUCAAAAUUUAAUUAAAUAAUUAAUUACAUAAUAUUUUUGCCUGGGUUGCAUUUAAAAUGUGAUGUGAGGCAUCAACUCUAAUGGUAAAAUUAGAAAAAUACUUACUAUUAAUUUGAAGCUAUAUUUAAUCAAUUUUUUUACACCCAUAGCCAAAAGAGUGUAUCAGGGUAGCUAAAAUUAUUAUUAUUUUUUAAAUUCAAUCAUUUGUUAUUAAUCAUAAUUUUCAUGUAUAAUCUAGUCGAAUUCCAUUAAUCAAUAAAUACAUUAAAUUAUUAUUCAUCAUUUUUUGGCUUAGGGUGUAAUAGUUGUAAUCUAUCGAGCUAUGCCACAUUACUACUUUUAGUUACUGACGUAAAAAACAUUUCCAUUCUUUGUUAUAUAUAUAUAAAUUAAAACUAAUGCUAUAAAUUCGGCUAUUUAAAUCUCUCUAACCAUUCCAAUGAAUUGUAAAGAAAAUAUUAUAAUUUUGUAUUAAUAAUACUGCGUAGUAGUUAUAAUCAUUUGAUGAAUUUAUUUAUGUAAUUAAGUAAUUUGUGAACCGAUAGUAUAAAUGUCUAUCAGUAUACAUUCUGAAUAUUCUGGCUGUUCCAUUUCUCAACGGAAUGAUCUACUCAUAGAUAAUGAAAAUGAAAUUGACUCCAUUUAUAAUUAUUGUUUUAUUAACAAUCGAAAACCUAUAAAAUGUUGAUAGGCACUUAAUGUAUUCGAUAUAAAAUACUAUAUAUCACGUAUUCAUGCAUUGUAUAUACAUCUAUUUUAUGUUUUAAAUAUACUUAUUAUACAUCUAGUACAUUUUUGUCGUAAAAAAUUAAGAUUAACUUGAUUUUUAUAUUAUAAGAAAAUCAUUUCGAUAAAUUAUAUUUUAGAUGAGUGAUCUGUAUCAAUCUACGAAAAUUUUGGUUAGUGGUCGAUUAGAUGUAGAAUGUGGUUUGUUGUAUUCUCUUUCACGGAAUCACAUAGUUAUAUUAUAAUCAUCCUGGUUGCGAUUCUAGUGAUUAAAUGUUAUUUUACAGGACAUUAAGUCCACAUAAACCAUUUUAUCGCUGUCAGAGUACUAUUACCCGAGUAAAACUGUAAUAUACUAAUACAAAUAAUUUGGAAAUAUAACUUAAAAAAGUAAUAAUAAUAAUAACCUGGUGAUUAUAUCAAAUACUAAAUAACGUUGAGAUAAUGGAAAAUUAUUUUGUGAUACUUUCUUGCCAGAAAGAAUACAACAGGCUGAGACAAAUAUAGUAAAUAUAAUGUUACUGAUGAAAAAAUAAUACAAAAUUGAUUGUGUACUAGAAAAAUUCUGUAAACAAGAUGAAAUACCAUGUACAUUAUGUAUUGCCUUACGGCAUCAAUAGAAUAGAAAUUAACAAUGUAAA